AUGAACGCCGAUACAUCUCGUCCUGCUAGUGUUAGUGUUGCGCAAUCUCAGAUAUCUUUAGAACUAGCUGAGAAAAUGUUAAUUAAAUUCGACGGUAGCAAAUCUAAACUCUUCGAAUUUAUAGACAACUGUGACAAAACAAUAUCUUUAGUGAGACCGGAAUAUAAAUCAAUAAUCGAAACAAAGAUAACAGACAACGCCCGUGCACUCAUUCGUAAUAGAUCUUUUCGAGAUUGGGACACCUUGAAAAAUCAUCUUCUAGAUGCAUACGCUGAGAAACGUACAGUAGGUCAGUGGCAACUAGAAUUAAAUAGUUGUAAAUAAAACCAUAACGAAAAUGUCAUCACUUAUGCCAAUAAGGUAAAAAACUGUUAUAUCAAAUUAAUUAAUUCUUUAGAUUCUAAUUUAGGUAGAGAUGCAAGAGAGGCAUGUGUUAACUUGUUAAAAGAUCAAGCUCCAAAUGUCUUUGUUACAGGACUAACAAACAAUUUAUCACUAAUAGUAAAAUCUUAAAAACCAAUUUCAUUAGAAGAUGCAAUUGCAAUAGCCAUUAAUGAGGAACAAGAACAAAAAUCUAGGUUAGAGAUCCAAAAGUAUCAAAAUAUAAACAAUUCUAAUGCAAAAUUGUGCACUUUUUGUAACAAGUCAGGGCAUACAAGUUUUAAUUGUAGGUAUAACAAAAAUAAUUUAAAUCCUAACAUAAGGCACUUUCAAAAUUCUCAAAAUUUGUCAAAUAGUAACCCAACUCGUUUAAACAAUAAAUUUCAAAAUCAAAAUAAAGGGAAUUUAAAUCACAACCAAACUAAAACUUGUGCAUAUUGCAAAAAGGUAGGGCAUUUAAUAAACGAAUGUAGGAAAAGAGAGUAUAAUAAUAGGAUGAGAAAUCAAAAUAAUAAUAACAAAUCUUUUAAGGGAAAUCAAAAUUCAAAUUUAAACUUUCAAAAUCCUCGUCCUACGGCCGGGACGAGGAUAGCACAAUCAUUCCAGGCCGAACCACCUCGAGAAUAG